AGUAAAAAAAGGCCGAAAUUGUUCACGAGGAGGAUCAUUUUAACUUCCAACAUGCUGUACUUAGAAGAUUACCUGGAAAUGAUUGAAAACCUUCCCAUGGAAAUGAGAGAAAGGUUGACAGAAAUGAGAGAAACGGACCUACAGGUGCAAAAUAGACUUGAUAGUCUGGAUGAACAGGUGAAGGUGUUUUUCAAGAAAUGCCUGCAGCCCAAUGUUAAACCAGAGUGGAAAGAAGAACAGUAUAAAAAGAUUCUAGAAGAGUACCAGAAAGCCCUCAGUGAUGCCGAUGAAAAAGUGCAGCUUGCAAACCACAUACACGACCUGGUUGAUCGUCAUUCACGUCGACUUGAUCAAGAGCUGAGCAAAUUCAAGAUGGAGCUUGAAGCAGAUAAUGCUGGCAUCACAGAGAUGUUAGAAAAACGUUCACUAGAACUUGAUAAACCACAACCACCACAGCCCCCUCAACGUACUGAAAAACGGCGAGCAGUCCACACUUCAUCCUCGCUGCACAACCACACUGACAAACGUCCUUCCACCACAGAGGUGCUGUCCAACCUGGCUAAUGAAGUGGCCCGAGAGUCACUGACCAGCAUGCACACAUCUUCAGCCUCCAACUCUCCAGCCUUGAAAAUGUUCUCCUCUGUGCCUAGCACCUCCAUUUCCUACAACUUAGGCCACAUCGGUGCUGGCAGCAAUGCAGCUAUCGCUGCAGCUGCAUCUCAGGCCAUUGCCGCCACAAAUCAGUCAUUGCCGGGCCUGACGAGAGGGGGGGUCAGGGAGGGCUGGUGUACACGGGCCCGCGGCGGUGGAGGGGGCCCGGCCUUGAUGUCGCUAGGCCGACGUACAUCCAGUAUGAAAGCUAGCUAUGAUCUGAUGACCAAAAAUCUCAUGCCCAAGGAGUUGUCACUGGCACUUAAUAAUACACCAUCAUCUGCACCCAGUACACCAGAAACAGCACCUCCACGAACACAUCGUCCCAAAAAAACAAGAAAAGAAGGCAGAGGAAGGCAAUCAACAAAAGCUGCUGCACUAGCUCAGCAGCAGCAGCAGCAGCAGCUUCAGCAGCAACAACAGCAGCAGCAGCAACAACAGCAGACUGCAGCAGCUCCCCAAGUGGCAGUAGAUGGGGCAGAAGAUGGAGGCGGUGAACUGCAAGUUGAUGACUGGACUGACCCUAACGAGCCUAGAUACUGCCUUUGCAACCAAGUUUCAUAUGGAGACAUGGUGGGCUGUGACAAUGAAGAUUGUCCUAUAGAGUGGUUCCACUAUGGAUGUGUGGGUCUGACUCAAGCACCAAAGGGCAAGUGGUUUUGUCCACAGUGUACAGCUGCCAUGAAACGACGUGGGAGGCGUUAGCGUGUUGACUAAAACAUCAACUCUGCCAAGAUUUUGUUGUUUGUUAGGUUCUUUAGUUAUUGGAAAUUAGAGACCCUAAUUCACACAGCGUCCACUUUCCCUUCCUACUCCAAAAGGGAAGUUUUAGCUGAAAUGCAUAGUUUUUCAUGUCACAUUCCAUUUUUUUUUAAAUCGGAGAAUAAUACAAACUCUUCACACAUCAUAUAGUGCAAGCAACCAGAAACUAGCCUGAGCAAACCUAUCUAGCCUUUAUUCCACAAAUUGAAAAAGGGCCAUAAUGUAACAUUUUUGUCUGUACUUCUAGCAGUUUUGAGGUAAAAGCUUCUUAAAGUAGACAAUGUAAUGGUUUACCAUUCCUAAAGUAGGGCAAAUAAAAAGUUAAGCCCAACUCUCUUCAUCUUCCCGAAUAAAUCAGGUGCACAUUUCUGCUGAGUUGGCAGAGAAGAAUAUUGCAAUAUUUUUGUCAUUGAUCAGAGCAGGAUCGGCAACAUUCUAUGAACUUCACAUUAAUUGUAAGGACGCACUCAUCUGAUCUAGCAGUUUGUUUUUUUCGGUGGGAUAAUCAUCUUUUGUCGUACAGUUUCUACCAUCAGUAGGAACCAGUAAUGCUAAUCGGCGUUUUGUGCAUCGAGUUAAAAUGUAAGAUGCCAGAUUUUAGCAAGCAUCUAUGUCACAGAUGUGAGACUUAGCUUUUUUUUUUUUUUUUUUUUUUUUGCCGGGGGUGGGGAAUGUGCUUGGAAUGCAUUUACUCAAUGCAGGCCACCACUCAGAAUGGCCUUGUUUGCCUUGUGCUGCAAGCAGCAAAGCUGUCUGUGGGCAUUUUGGUGGGUGUUCAAAGGUUGAUUCUACCACAGCUGUGUUCAAUUUUUACAGGCUCAUAUUGUGAUGGGGCCUUUUGCAUGUAGUUGUGAAUCUAUUAAGUUGGCUUUAGUAGGGCUCUCACAUAGCAGUCCAAUGAUUAAAGCUUUGGAUUGAC